UCCUGCACGGCGGCGGGCAUUGCGCUGGGCUGGCGAAGAACCCGGCUAUGGAGGAGCUACGGCUGGUGGUGCAAACCGAACGCAAAGAGUUGCAACGCCUUUUUUUGGCCCAUCGCUUUGCCGUGGAGGCCUCUCUGCAGCGCCUGGCCGAUGCCGAGCUCCGGGUCGAGCGCUGUCAGUGUGAGGAGAUAGUCUCAGCAGACAAGGAGCUGACACUUGCAACAGUUUCCGGUUUGCCUCGUGCUGAAUUUGGCUCCCUUUCCACGGCCACCCUCCAACCCUGUGUGUUGGAGAGCAGCGAUCCCGCUCCAGAGAACCCCUUCAAGGACAUCCAGGAGGUCAACGAGUCCAAGAAGAAACGCGUCAGUACCGCCUCUGCCAAUUCGGGACACUCCGUGGUGUCUGCCCACUCUGAUGUGCAGAGCGCCGCGUUGUUCACCUUCGAAGAAGAGGGGACAGUUCAAUCCAGUCCACCGGCUUCAAAUGCGGACAGCGGCACUGUACCAGUCGAACGAGGGCAGUCUUUGAGGAAGGUGACCAACAACGCCGUGGAUAUCUUCCUGCAAGAACCGCCGCUCCAGGGCUGGGAGCGAUGGAAGAAGUGUCUCAAGGCAAGCAUUGAUUACGUUGCGGCCAUUCUGGUGUUGCUGAAUUCUAUCGUUCUGUUGAUGGAGUUGGAGUUCAAAGGCAACGCCAUCGGUGCCAAAAUGGGUUUGUCCUCUGGACCUUCCCUGGAUGAGAUCCAGCCCGUGUUCCAGGGUUUGGACAGAUUCUUCGUCUUCAUCUUCCUCGCAGAGCUGCUGAUCCGCAUCACUGUGGAACAGAGAGACUUCGUCAAGGAGUGGACCAAUUUCCUGGACGCCGCGCUGGUCAUCUUGGGUCUGGUGGACUUUGGCUUCAGCCUUCAGGUGUCUGAUGGUGAUGUGGUGCCCAAGGAUAUUGUUUUGCUGCGUCUCAUGAGGGCCUUGAAGUCCCUGCGGGCCAUACGGAUGAUGCGCAGCUUCCGACUCUUCCGGGGCCUGCGCUUGUUGGUGAAAGCCUGUCAAUGUUUCUUGCCUUCGCUCUGUUGGGCCAUGGUACUGCUGGGAGUUUUCAUGACCAUGGGAGCACUGAUCAUGGGCAAUUUGCUACAAAGCUUCCUCACGGACGAAACUGCGAACUUCGAAGAUCGGGAGUGGAUUUGGAUGAGAUAUGGCACCGCCUAUCGCGCCACCUACACUCUCUACGAGAUUACGUUUGCUGGCAAUUGGCCUACCAACGCCCGUCCUGUGUUGGAAAAAGUUAGCCAUCUUUUUGUGAUCUUCUUUGUGCUUUACGUCACAGUGAUUGCCUUUGCUGUGAUCAGGGUGAUCAGCGCUGUGUUCUUAAAGGAUACACUUGAUGCGGCGCAAAAUGAUGCCGAGCAUCUGGUGGUGGAUAGAUUACGGAAAAAAGCCGAAUAUGUGGAAAAGUUGGAGCGCAUCUUCCGUGCCAUUGAUGAUUCCGGCGAUGGAAUUAUCACAGAGGCGAGAAUGAACGAGAUCCUGUCGAACGACAAGAUCGCGGCUUAUUUCCAGACUUUGGAUCUGGAUGUGCACGAGGGUGCUGCGCUCUUCCACUUGUUGGACAACGGGGAUGGUGAGGUAACUUUAGACGAGUUUAUUGAUGGAAUCAUGCGGUGCAAAGGGCCUGCGCGGGCAAUCGACCAGGUUGCGAUGCAUGCAGACCUUAAACAGUUGGAUCUCAAGCUUGCCAGGCUAGCCAGACAUUUGAGAGAUUCUGAUGUGAUUCAAAGCAAAACUCUCAGUGGCAAGGAGCGGAGACGUGAGCGUGAGAAGGAAUCUCGCAACAGUGUCAGUGGACGUUCUGCUCACCUACGGGCAUUCAGGCCUGAUGUCACCACUGAACCAAGACCAAGAAAAUGAGCCUGUCCACAGAAGCCCUCAUGCAACGAAAGGAAUAGCAACCUCAUUCGAACGUCGUGUUGGGAAAUGCAAAGUUGUCCAGGUGUGCC